AUGGAUCAUAGAGCAAAGAAAAGAAUUAAGGAAGCAAAGUUGAAAGCCAGACCAGAACUGAGUAAUGAGAAGCAUGGUUGGAAGAAAUCUAGCUACUAUAAAAAGUUUGAUGUGAGUUUCUCAACUGUCAAAGACAAUGUAGAACGGGUUGAUGCAUCCAAGCUGUCAAUAGAAGAAUUUAUAAAGAACUACGAGUCCACAUUUAAACCUGUUGUGCUGACCAACGUCCAGAAGAGCUGGAAAGCCAAAGAAAAAUGGACCCUAGAGAGAUUGUCCAAGAAGUAUCGCAAUCAGAAAUUCAAAUGUGGAGAAGAUGACGAAGGUUAUUCAGUUAAACUGAAAAUGAAAUAUUUUUUAGAAUACAUGAAACAGAAUGAAGAUGACAGCCCUCUGUACAUUUUUGACAGCAGUUUUGGUGAGCAUCCAAAACGUAGAAAACUAUUAGAAGACUAUGAAAUACCCAAGUUCUUUCAAGAUGACCUCUUCAAACUGUCCGGAGAGAAACAAAGACCUCCAUAUCGGUGGUUUGUUAUGGGUUCAGCUCGCUCAGGCACAGGGAUUCACAUCGACCCCUUAGGAACAAGUGCAUGGAAUGCCUUGGUCAAGGGACAUAAGCGAUGGUGCUUGUUGCCAACCAACACAGCCAAAGAAUUGGUUAAAGUCCAGCAAACUGAGGGGGGCAAACAGCGGGAUGAGGCCAUCACCUGGUUUCGUUAUGUGUACCCUCGAACUCAGUUGUCCAGUUGGCCAAAAGACUGUAAACCUCUGGAGAUCCUACAGAAACCGGGUGAAACAGUUUUUGUUCCGUCUGGCUGGUGGCAUGUUGUACUUAACCUAGAUAAUACUGUUGCUAUAACUCAAAACUUUUGUAGUCGCGGCAAUUUUCAUGUUGUUUGGCACAAAACUCUUCGAGGCAGACCAAAAUUGUCCAAAAAAUGGUACAAAGUUCUAAAAGCCUUACGUCCAGACAUAGCAGCCAUAGCAGAUACUGUUGAUCCACAACAACCCUCAGGAUUUAAUUCUGACAGUUCUAGUUCGGCUUCUUCAAGUUCAAGUGACUCCAAUGACAGUGAUUCGAGCAGCUCGGGGUCACCACCUGUUGUUAGGAAAAAGCGCCGUACCAGUUGCAGGAGCCGUUCCACUUCUCGUUCCCCAUCAAAGAAGCCCCAGACUGAUUCCUCAGCAUCCCACUCCACCACAAAUACCAUCCAUAGGACACAUUCCUCUGAUUCAAAUUCCAAACACUCCAGAUGA